GAGGAUAAUACUAAUGCAUUUGUCCAGAGAGAGACAGAGAGUGAGACUGAGAGGUAACUGUGUCUCUAGAGACUAGAAUGUACAAGCGUUACCAAAGGAAAUAAAGGCUGACAAAAAACACUCUAUUCCAUUUUAAGCCACAAUGAAAUUCCCAAUAGUCUACGCAAUCCAAAACCAGUGAUAUAGUUUUUAUGGUUAACAUAUAUUUUUGGAUAUUUUGCCAUGACAUCCCUUUUGCAAAUCUCUCUUAAUAUUUCAGCCUUCAAGUUUGAAUCUUUACUGAAGUAUGAGAUACGCAAGAAAAAACCCAGUAAUUGUUACUCUCUAUCAAGAGCAAAGCUUGGUUCUUUGCAUGACAACAGGUUCAAGUUGAAGGCUUAUGAGGAGAGGUGGUCUUUGUUGGGUGGGAGUAAGUGUGGGGAUGGGAUUUUGGUGAGAGAGGAAGGGUGGAAGAGGAAGAAAAGAGUGGUUGUGGUGAGGUUUAAUCAGGGGUUUGGGUUUAAUGGUGGUGGUGGUGGUGGUGGAGGUGGGAGAGAUGAUGGUGCCACUGCUAGACUUCUGGGUAAUCUUGCUUUGGCUAUUGGACUGACUUAUCUUUCAUUUACUGGCCAGCUUGGUUGGGUUCUGGAUGCAAUUGUAUCCGUUUGGCUCUUUGCAGUGCUUGUACCAAUCGUUGGCUUGGGUGCUUUUCUCUGGUGGGCUGGACGGGAUAUAGUUCAAGGCACUUGCCCAAACUGUGGAAAUGAUUUUCAAGUUUUCAAAUCCUCCCUAAACGAUGAUUUACAGUUUUGCCCCUUCUGCACUCAACCUUUCUCUGUGGUGGACAAUAAGUUUGUAAGGGACUCUGUGCAGUUCUCCAACGAAUCUACAACAUUUGGGCAGGCUUUCAAUGAUUUUUCCCGUUCCAAGAAAGGAAAAGAUUCUUCUAAAGUAGUUGUUGAUGUUGAAGCAGAAAUAAAAGAUGCAGACUGAGGCCUCAUAGCCAUUAUAGCCUGCGGACAUUACUCCUUGCCCUUCAAGAUAACUCUUCAGAAAUUCCAUGUCGGGGCCUCUUACGCAGGUAUUAUAGUGAACUGGAGACAACCUGAAUGAACAGGGGCCAACAAUACUAGGGAGGAACGGUUAGCUAAGUGACAUCGCAAACUGUAAUAUAAGUUUUGACAUUGAUGUUUCUUGUGUUAUAUUUUUUUGUAAAUCAUUUAUUGUAACAAGUUUGUUGAGAUAGAAACUAGUAGAAUUGUAAAAAGGCUGUGUUAUUGUUUACUUAAUAGACGGACUCUCAGACGAGCUUGAAGUAAAUUGUCUCACUUCCACCCAA